AUGGCAACUCAGAAAUUGGCGUUGACUUUAGCAUUGCAAGCGGACGGCAUGAACGCAUUACCUGAUGCUCUUGGCAAUCAAAGAACGCAAAUGUCAAGAUUGGACGAUAUAGAUGCCAAUAUCUUAGCUAUGCAAAAAGAACAGACGCUGAGAGCAUUGAGUAUGUGCACAGAUUCCUCGGGCGUGUUCUUAAUGGAGUUGUUCUUUGAUAAGCUGAUUGGCAAUAAAGAUAAACAGCAGAAGAAGAUAAUUCAGUGGAUAUCACCCCAUGAUCCAAGUCAAAGAUAUCACGAAGUUGCUGUGAAGCUUCGUCACCCUGAGAGCGGCCAAUGGUUUUUUACUUGUCAGCCAUUCAAAGAAUGGAUGGCAUCAAAAGGUUUUAAACUGUGGCUCCAUGGGAUUCCGGGAGCUGAAGAAACAGUGUUAUCCUCUCUCUCCAAUCAUCGUUGCCUCCUUAAACUCCAAAGUUUCUGGAAGCAACAAUGUUCAGAAAAGUUUGGAGGGCAGGAUGCUUUGAAUUCAAACACCCCAGAACAGCUCUGCGAUCUCAUUAGAGAUAUGUCGAGCUGUGUUGACAAUAUCAACAUAAUCGUUGAUGCUCUGGAUGAAUGCGGUGAUGGACGAUCGAAGGUUGUGGAGUUCCUGGUACAACUAGCCACCGACGAAUAUAACAAUAUCAGAGUCAAUCUUACAUUAAGAGAAGAAUUCGAUAUCGAAUGUUACCUGAUUGAUUUCAAAAAAGUGUCCGUUGCCGCAGAUAAAAGCAAUUUGAGGCUUUAUGUUCACGCGGAAUUGACAAGUCGCUUGAAAGAUGAGAGCUUGAUUGUUAUAAGUGAGUCUCUUAGACAAGAAAUUGCACAUCGAUUAGUAAAUGAUGCUGAAGGAAUGUUCCGAUGGGUAGUGUGCCAGUUUGAUCACUUAUGUGGACUGACCAACGAUAAAGCAAUCCGAGAAGCUUUGCAAUCUCUACCUCCAACUCUAUUCGAGACUUAUGAGCGAAUUCUCGACCGCGCUAAUAGCAAAAGUGGCUAUAUCAAAAGGCUGUUGCGCCGUGUACUAGCAUGGACAGUCUGCAGUCCUUACCCUUUAUCUACAGAAGAGCUUCUAGAAGCUAUAGCCAUCAACCUGAACGAUAAGACUCCGAGUCAAGAUUCUAUGGCUAUUGAAAUACAUAUACUAAAAUGGUGUAGUAGCCUUUUUAGGAGUACCGGACAACCUGGCGAGACACAGAUUGAAUUAGCACAUUUUACUGUGAAGGAGUUCCUUCUAGUAAAGGUCAAACCACAAUCUGAUGACGUUUGUGCUGAAUAUCGUAUCUUCAAAGAAUGGCAUUAUUCUCAUCUCGCAAAAAUCUGUUUAACCUAG